AUUGUCAGCCUUGAGUCCAGUUCUACACGAACCAUCUGUCCAGUUCAGAUGACAAUAACUGUGAUAUUCAAAACCAGCUCGCGUCAGAGAACCGCCCCGCAGUCCAGAUGAGCCGAGCUGAUGUGAGCGCCAGGCAGAGAUACUGAAUAGUUGAUGAGACAAUAGUUAAGUUUGACAGAGGGGACAGGAUGGAAAGUCUGCAACUUAUCUCUUUCUCCAUUCUGGACCGAGCCGGAGAACUGUGAUGGAAAAUUACUCUGCGUCUGUGCAUGUGCGCGCCUGAGAGGAGAAAAGAAAGAGAGCGAGCGCGAAGGUGAGGAAGAAAAGUGGAUGAAAUGGUCAGCAUAAAAGAAAGUCCAGAAAUAAAGUUGUCAGAGAGGCGCGGUGAGGGAUGUUAGGAGAGCUCGGGUGAUCUCAGUGCUUACUCAGGGCCUGGAAAUGCAGCGUCUCACACCUGAGAAUCGCAGGAGCUUCUGUUGGAGCGGCUGGAAGACUCUCCUGCUGCCGCAGCUCAACAGACGCUCGUUGUUUGUCUACGGCAGUGAGGUGGCGGUGGAGAAGGAGUGCAUCAGACAGAAAGAGGGAGGUGUGUUGGUCAUCCACCCCUUCAGCCGAUUAAGGAGUUACUAUAUAAUGUGCAUGGUGGCCAUAACAUUUCUGAAUCUAAUUGGGAUUCCAAUGGAGAUUGCCUUUCUGGAUGGAAACAGUGGAGUAGGUUGGGAGGGUUUUAACGUGUUUUCAGACACCCUGUUCUUGAUUGAUGUGGGGGUGAAUUUUCGCAUGGGAAUCAUUCCUGAGGACAGUGAGAGAGCCAUACUGGAUUUGAAAAGCAUCCGUCACCGGUAUUUAAAGAGCUGGUUUAUACCUGAUUUGGUGGCAGCAUUCCCAGUUGGCUACAUACUGCUUAUUGCGGACCUACAAUACCACGAUGACUCUCCUUCAUCCAAAGCCAGCAAAAUGAUGCGCAUCUUAAUGUUUGUGCGAAUUAUCAGCCUUGUCCGUCUGCUGCGUGUGUCAAGGCUGGUUAGGUUUUUCAAUGAGGUUGAGAGAGUUUCAAAUGCCAACUUGGAGGUGGUGAGGGUAUUCCUGAAAAUCUUGUCAUUGUUUAUGAUGAUUUUCCUGCUGUGCCACUGGAAUGGCUGUAUUCAGUAUUUCGUGCCUAUGCUUGAGGAAUUUCCCUCAGACUGCUGGGUCAGAAGAGAGAAUCUGAUGAAUGCCUCAGUGGGAGAGAAGUACUCUUUUGGAGUUUUUCGGGCGCUCUCUCAUAUGACUGCAAUAUCAUACGGUUCUUCUGAAACACCUACAAGCAAGGAGUAUACUUUUUAUCAGCCGAUUCAGCAAUAUGUUUCACACAAAAAUAACAGAGCACAUCGGAUACUUAUUUAA